UACUUUUUUUAUUUGGGUUUCACCUUCCUCACUCCUCUUUUAUCUCCAUUUUGCUCCACUCACAUUUGUAUAAAUCAACAGAGAACUUCCAAUUCCUCUGUCUCUCACUCUCUUUCCCUUCCAUUACCAUAGACCACACUAUAUGGACUCCACCGUCAGCACCGCCACCGACGUGGAUUGCUCCGGCAGGCGCGUGUCCUUUGCCGAUCAAUGCCAGCCGAAUAAUGUUCCUCUGCUUUUGCAGCCAUCUUAUGCGAGGUCCAAGUCUAUCAUCUUUGACGAACUCCGAAACUUUCGGAUAAGCCUCAAAUGGUGUGCUCUUGAUCAUUCUUCCAGCGUCGGCAAGAUCAUCUCCUACGUCCUGUUCGUGCUUCUCGCCAUCGUCGUCCCUAUCCUCACCUCCCUCUUCGUUCAAGUCCCUGCAUCCGCCACCGAGGACGACCCACUGUCUUUCAACAAGCUUGUUCAGUUACCAGAAUCCUGCCUCGCCAUUAUGUCCUUCUUCACUCUUUCCCGAUUCUUCCACAGGUACGGGCUCAGGCAGCUUCUGUUCUUAGACAUUUUGCAGGACGACUCUACGUACGUUCGACGAGGGUACACACGAGAGCUGGAGAAGGCCUUCAGAUACUUGGCCGCCAUAAUCUUACCGUCCUUCUUCGUAGAGCUUGCCCACAAGAUCAUAUUUUUCUCUACAGUGAAAGUGUCUGUCCCGCAUAUAAGCCCUGGGUUUCCCCUGAAUUCCAUUGUGUUCUUGCUAGUGUUGGUUUCGUGGGUUUACAGAACAGGGGUGUUCUUGUUGGUGUGCGUGCUGUUUCGGCUAACCUGCGAGCUUCAGAUACUAAGAUUCGAAGGAGUUCAUAAGUUAUUCGAAGGUUGUGGGUCUGAUGCAAAUGUGAUAUUCUGUGAACAUGUCAAGAUCAGAAAACAGCUCUCUGUCACAAGCCAUAGAUACAGGUUCUUCAUAAUUGUGUGUUUGGUCACUAUAACAGUUAGUCAGUUGGGAUCUCUCUUUCUGAUUUUAGCUUCCAAAUCCGUCAUGACCUUCUUCAAUUCUGGUGACCUCGUGAUAUGUUCGGGGGUGCAAUUAUGUGGGUGCUUCUUGUGUCUACUGGGUGCUGCGAGGAUCACACACAGAGCCCAAGGGAUAGUGGCGGUUGCGACCAGAUGGCACAUGCUAGUCACAAAGUCAUGUGCAGAAUCAGAAACUGAUCAUCAAUGGAAAUCUCAGACGCCAGAAGGAUUGGGAAAUGAGAGUGAUUCUGAUUCCUCCGACAUAUACAUAUCAGUAACCGCUCAACAACCCUCUUCCGCCUUUCAAACCAGACAAGCUUUAGUGUCGUAUUUGCAGCACAAUAACGGCGGGAUAACGCUGUUUGGGUUCGCACUGGAUCGAGGAUUGCUCCAUACUCUGUUUGCCUUUGAGUUUUCUCUGGUGCUCUGGAUUCUGAGUAAGGUGGUUGUUUUAUGACUAAAUGUGUUAGCCCAGAACGAAGCCGUACUUGUAAGAAGCAGCAGCAGCAGAAAAGCUUCGUUUGAAAUAGACCAUCAUAGCUUUGCUAGUUUGAAAGUUUUAACUUGAAACUUCGGCAGGUUGAGGGAUGUUGUAUAAAUUCGGUGCUUUAAUUUUUGCAGGAGUUGUAACAUUCAACGUGUA